UGCAAACAAGCUCUGCAAUCAAACGUUAUCCUGUCACCAACAUAGCUGUUUGUAUUGCGAUACGUUUCCAAUAUUUUUUCCUCGGUAAAAAAAGACCAAUACUUCAUAGUUUGUUGUCAUUGUAGAGUUGUGUGUGAGGAAAGAUGGCUUUUUUUCCUUUUGUCGCUAUGUCAACUGAAUUUGACCGGGCGCCGAGCUUGCUGAGUGCUGACCUCGAGCCAACUAUUCUUUCUGAUGAUGUAUUUGUCCCACGAUUGGCUGCUAUGCCCUUACGAUCGGGAUAUCUGCGUUCAUGGCGUCAUCAGCCGGCUCGUCGAAGCGGAAGAUCACAUAUUAGGAACAAGAAAGAAGGAUUUGAGGUAAAUCUUGAUGUCCAGCAAUUCAAGCCUGAUGAAGUAUCAGUAAAAAUGCAAGAUGAUUUUAUUGUAGUUGAGGGAAAACAUGAGGAACGUGAAGAUGAGCAUGGUUACAUAUCCAGAAAUUUCGUCCGUCGUUACAAGUUGCCUAAUAAUAUUGAUAUAGAUGCUGUAACAUCAAAGUUAUCAUCAGAUGGUGUUCUGACGAUUGCAGCUCCCAAAAAGGUUCCCUCAAAAGAUACCAAGGAACGUGUAGUCCCUAUUGUCCAAACAAAUAAACCAGCUGUCGCUGGUGCAGCAGAGGAGAAUCCAGAUGAUAAACAGGAGAAAGCAGAGACAAAAUAAAUUUCACAAAAAUAUUACUCACAUGUGAAAGAUUUAAUUAUACAUAGUACAAAAUCAGUUUCAUUUUGUGAAAAGAAGCUGUAAUGUAUGUUCCUUUAAUUACUUUUUAUGUAUUUCAUCCACUGCAGUUGUAAGACUGGAUUUAGCAUUUUUUAAAUUAUAUAUUUUAAGUAUUACUUUUUUUUACAAAUAAAGAAAACAAAAUUUAUAAA